UGGUCCAAGAUCACACAUCUCGAACUCAUCCCUGCCUCCUGGAACCCAUCACUGUACUCCAUCCUUCAUCCACCUUCCUCCCAAGGUGACCCUGGGAUCACUGACGAUGGAAUGAAAAUUAGAGCUGGAAGAGUCGUCCAAAAUCUUUCAACUCGAACAUUUUACAAAGGAGGAAUUGACGCAGAGAGGUUAGAGCGCAUGCCCAAAGACGCCUUGAAGAGGCUUCCCUGACCCUGAUAGGGCAUGCACCAAUCUCUCUUAGUUUAGGGCUGACCCCAGCUGCCGUCUUUUCUGCUUCAGGACCUGACAGAUAACUCUGAGAGGCUGUUUCCUUCUUCCACCCUUGGGAGAAAGGAGUAACCUACCCGAGCUUCGCUCUCAGCCGUCAACUCUGUUCUGGGAGCUUCUGGGAGUUUGUGGAAGCUCUGGGUUACCAAGGCAACGUCCACCUCUCCCCUGACGCAUGCUCCUCCCGCCCUCCACCUUCUUCCCCUACUCAGCGCGGGUCCAGGUGGGGCUGGACGACCCCUGAAAGUGGGGCGCAGUGAACUGCUUGACCCAGACUUCUUUACCCCACAAUGUACACUAAUUCUGUGCCUAAUAUGUUUGAAGCAUCUGCAGAGCGGAAAACGAAACUUCAAUACUGUGAGCCUGUCCAAUGAGAGGCAGAAGAAAGGCUGAAGAAGGGUGAAAAAUACUGAGAAGUGUGGCCAGAGGAAGAGGAUAAUAAGCCUGCCCUCCGGUCUCAAUUCGGGGAGAGGAGCACACCUUCUUGGCUCUGACUAGAGACACAGGCUGCACCUGGACGGAGGAGAACGCUUGGGUGAGAGUGGCUGAGGAGACGGCGCCGCGGCAACCGCCUGGGAAGGGAGGCAGUAGCCGGCUGAGCCCCAGAGGAAGGCGAUGCUGGACAAUUACUGCUUUGAAUUCAACUGACCGGAUGAAACUGUUGGUCUGCAACUAGACUAGAGAGUGAAAGAGAAAACUACCCCAAGAUCAUGUGACUUGACCAGGAGGAAUCCAGCAUCCCAUCAACAAUCCGCCCACAAUAGUAUUGCACCAAAGGCAACCUUCUCAAGUAUCACGGAGUAAUUUUUUUAAAACUUUAAUGACUCUGAAUAUAGCCUAAAGCUGUUUGUGCCUUAAUCAUUUUGAACUUGGUUUUACCAGUUUUUACUUCAAUUUUUCCAAGAUGAUUGACCUAAGCUUCCUUACAGAGGAGGAGCAAGAGGCCAUCAUGAAGGUGCUUCAACGAGAUGCUGAACUGAAGAGGGCAGAAGAAGAGAGAGUCAGACAUUUGCCUGACAAAAUUAAGGAUGACCAACAGCUGAAGAAUAUGAGUGGCCAAUGGUUUUAUGAAGCCAAGUCUAAGAGACACAGAGAUAAAAUCCAUGGAGCAGACAUAAUUCGGGAAUCGAUGAGAAAAAAGAAACCACAAAUAAUUGUUGAGCCAAAUCAGAACAGAACAGCCAGAGUGAAGAAAACCUGGGUGAAUAAUGUCGACAGGGACAUUCUCCUUCCCUCCGAGUUGUUGGGGGAAGAGCCUGAGGAUGAUGUGAGCGGGCUGUCAAAUUCAAGGACUGUUAUAUUGAAUCCAGAUCCUUAUACAUCAGAUAAAGCCCAGGAAAAUCCAAGAAAGUCAUCUAUGUCUUCUACAAAGCUAAGGAAGAAUCCAUUUAAUGGUUCCAUGUUGCCAGAGGAUAACUUAUCUUUCGAAAUCCCAAAUGAACCAUCAGAAAAUGGACAAACUGGCUUACAUCAUACUUCAAAAGAGGAUGCAUUGUUUCAUUUAAAGGAAAACAAAUCUACCCCAUAUGUUCCAAAAGAAAGAUUAGAGGAACCAAGACCAGCUGUUCUAGGAUCUGCGGAUGGUUCCCCUAUAAAACCUCCAAUCCCCAAAGCAAGGAAAUUGACUUAUAAAAAUACAUCUGAUCAACAGCCAGAAGAUAACCAGUCUCAUUCUAAAAUGGUCCAAAGAACAGAUUCCCUGAAGAGCAGAAGUGCCCCUCGAGGGAUCCUGAAACGGAAUUCCAGCUCCAGCAGCACUGAUUCAGAGACUGUCCGUUUUAAUCACACCUUGGAACCCAAAAGCAAAAACCUGCCAUCCAAACUCAUCAUUCAUGAGGGGAAUUCAGAGGAUGAAUCCAUAGAAAAUGAAUCUUCCCAGAACCCCCUGGAGCCAUUAAAACAUGUGAGAUUUUCAGCAGUGAAGGAAGAAGUUUCUCAGGGUCCUGAACUAAACCAAGGCAAGGAAGUAGGAGAGUUUGGCCUUUUGGAGGCUGACAUAUCAAGGAAUGGAAUGGAAAAUUCAGGUGACUUUCAGGAGUUUCCAAACAAACCUGUGUUUUCCAAAUUCAGAAAACCAACCCAACAGAAUCCAGCCCCUGACUCUUACCAGAGUAACGGAUUUAGCCCAUCAACUGCAAACACCUAUGAUCAGAAAACCCAUCCUCAUUCAGAGACUUUAACCCAAAGAUUAUCUUCCAGUGAGAACUUGUCCUCUAACAAAGAGUCCCCAAAGGCACCAUCAAAGCAGUUGAGCCUUGAAUCAGAAUUAUGCGCAAACCCUGCUGAUGAGUGUCCACAUUGGGUUGAGCCUGAAUUACCUCAGGUACAAGAUCUCAAUAAUUCUGCAGAUCAUCAGCAAGGUAAGCAUAUUGAUUUCAAGGCUCUGAACGCUAAGACCUCUUCUCAGUAUGAUCAAAGAACCACUGAGAUAACGAAAGCAACUGACAACUCCAUCUCUAAAGUCCUAGACUGGUUUAGCAGAAGUUCUAAUCCUGAUGCUAAAAUGCCAUCCUUUCUCCAUCCCCAAGAGAUUCAGUCUAAAGGAAAACCAGGCUCCAAAUGGCAGAAUAAUAACACUAUGGAUGUAGAAAAUGCCAUCCCCCAGCAAAAUGCCUUAAAGUCUCCAAUAUUCAUGCAAGGUGAAAUAAAGACUACAGAAAAUAGUUAUCCAUUUUGGGGAAAGGGAGACCUGUUAUCUUUUGAAAAUGGUAAAGACAGUGGCAAAGAUUUCAAGAAAUCAAAUGGUGGUGUUUUAUCUAAACAAGUUGGUAAAGAGAAAGAAAAGCCAUCACAACCACUCAAAAGUCAAAAUCAAGGAAGUAAAAGAACCAUUCCUAUUCAAGAUACAAAAAAUCUAAAUGAGGGGAAAGAAACACAUUUCCUAAACAUUGAUAGUCCCUUAAACAUUUUCAAAAGAUUAAAUGCCGAAUGCCAAGUAGCAUCCAAAAUAGAGGAUUCCUCAUACAGGAAUAGAGGAAACUCAAAGACGACAAUUGACUCUUUUGAGAAUGUUCGAGAACCCAAAUUAAAGUAUAACAUGGAAGCCGAAAGUAGAAAAGUGAAAAAAGAUGAUCAUCUGUCAUUUCCAUUAGAGGGAGAGAAUACCAAGUCACCAACUCUUGUUGCCAGUGAGGAAUUUAGAAACAAAGAAUCUAAUUUUCCCAAUCAAGGUGGGCUAUCUUCUCCUUACAAAAAGCCAGAGGGUUUGCAUCAAGAAGAAGCCAGUCAUCUACCUGUAAGCCAAUUGCAAAGGAGCAAAUAUAAAAGAGUAAGUGAUCGGAUAUCCUUCUGGGAAGGAGAAGGGCAGACAGCUAAACUGACUGAUAAGAGUUCCAAUUCAGCAGGAAACAAGGUACAAGUGUCUACAUUAGGAACUUGGCCUAGGAAGUCAGUGGAUUUGUCUGUGGGAAAUUUGACUGAAGAUCAAAAUGAGUAUGGCCAGAUCAUUGCCAAAAAGGUAGACCUAAAUAAGAAUGACCAGACAUCUCAUGCCCCUAGAUUGUAUUCUUCAUUUAAACGUGAAGAGUUCAAGCCCAAAAUAAUGGGAACAUCCCAAAGGUAUACCUCAAUGUACCAACCAGGAAAAAUACCUUCAUUUCAGAAUGAAUCUAUCAGUCUUCCCAUGACAGGUAACUUGCAGUUCAAAACGAACAUGACUUUUCCAGCAUCAAAACAUGAUUCUCCUAGAAAUAAUAAAGUCUACUCCUGCUUCGAAAAUGACAGAUCUUCUGUAGCCCAGCCUAACCCUAACUUUAAGGUUUGGUCCUUGAAGGAAAGAAUGAAUGAAAACUUCCCAAAGCAAGUUAAUAAUCCUUUACAGUUUCAGACUUUGAGAAACUUUUGGGACAUGGGAACCCAUUCAGAUAGUAUGAACAGCAGCACUCUUCCAAGUAGUAAAAGUUCAUUGCCUUUAAAUAAUCAGAAACACAAGGAGUUUGAUGAAGCUGAGCUAAAAGAAGAAAGUGCCUUGGCAGAACAGAACCUUCUAAGACAAAACAAAGCAUUACAUGGAGAGGAAAUAGGGAAGUGGGAUUCAAAGCUAAUUCCACAGACACUCUCAGAUGAAGCCACAUUUCCAUCAAAAUCACCAGUAGAGUCUAUUCAAUUGACAAGAAAUGUGCCAUCAAAGGAAAAUGUGAAUGAGCAUCUAGACAUGUUGAUCUCUCCAAAGCUUAAGGAAGAUCACAUCUCAAGGGAAGAAGUGAAAGAGUCAGUAGUGAAAACAAAUGUUUCACCUAAAAAAUACCAAGACCAUUUUAAUAGAAGUUUAAAGAAACUACUUGAGGAGACUCCAUCAUUAUCAUUUCCGCCUGUGCAUGACAAGGGUAGUUCAGGAAAUGCGAAUGAGCCAAACUUUUCUGAAAGUAGAACACGUCUCCAGGAGACAGAUUUGGCUGACUUUGAGGAAAGGGCUGAGUCUCCACAACAGGACCCAAAGACAAGCAAGACCAACACCCUAGAUCCACCAGAAGUUAAAUAUAAAUCACAUAUAUCCAGUUCAGAGAAAGCACUCAAGGAACAACCUGAGCUUCCAGAUUCUUCUAAUCAAGUCAAGUCUGAAACUGUUUCCACUGGGACUAGAUCUUUGUCAAAGCAAAGAAGGUUUUUUGAAAAAGUGAUGGAGCGCAGUUGUAACAAUUCAUUUUAUAAGUGGGAAGUGGGGAUACCUCUUGGAGAGGUGGAAGAUGCCUCAAAUAAUACUGUGGUCCCUCCCAAAGUAAAAAGUGGUGAUUAUGAAAUAAGUCAAGAGAAACUAUUCCAGAGAGUUCCUGCUCUUUCCCCUUCAUUAUAUCAGACUGCUGAUCUUAUAAAGAAGGAAUCUUUGGAAGAGGCAGCCAACUCUUCCCAAAAGAUGUCUACUUUCCACUCGACUUAUGCUGCCAUCCAGGAUAAGCAAGAGCCUCCUCAGAUGGAAAUUUCAGAGACUAUAGAAAAAACAAUUCUCCCCAAAACUGAGUUGAACGAUUUGAACAUUGCUUUAGAGAGGCUUCACCGGGAAGCUCAAGAAGAUGAAUUGAAUUCCCUUAGAAAGAAGGCAGUUUCUAGAGAGGGGAAGCCAGAGUUCCCUGAAGGAGUGGCAAUAACACAUAACCAGAUAAACUCUUCAGUUUGCAUGGCAGGAGAGUCAGUGGCUCCAGAUGAAAAAAGUUCCCAACCCAUUGAUACGAGCCUAGAAGAACCUGGAGAAGAAGCAUUGAUUAUAUGUUCUGAAAAUAGUCUUGAUUCACCUUAUCUGGGCACACCUCUUACUCAGCCUGGCUCUACUAGUUGCCAGGACUCCAAAGAAUUACCCCAGGAAAUAUCAGAAACCGUGACAAAAACCAUCGUUCAGUCUAGAGCCGAGCUCAGAGAAUUCCAUUUCAGGACAGAGAAACUCCUUAAAGAAUCCUCCAAAAGCUCUUUUUUGAAACAGGGAAAUGAUAUAAUAAAGAACUCUCAAUCUGAGUUGAUAGAUAAAUCAGCCCUUCCCCAUCAAACUGCUGCUUCUGAAAUCCAACAUUCAGACUUCCUUGAAAAAAUCAAGGAAACAAUAGAAAAAUCUUUGGCUCCUUCAGUAGUUGAAAGUGCUUUUGACAUAGGUUUCAAGAAAAUCCUUAGAGAACUCUCUAUAUCUUUGCCCACAGGGACAUUAGAAAAGGAAACCAUCAGGACUGAAGACUUGCCAUCAGAGCUGGGAAAGCUGUCGAGAAAAAUGACCCAUUUGGAUUCAGGGAGCCAAAGAGAUGCUAAGGCUAAGAAAGCUAAGAAGGUUAAGGGUGAGGUUUUGAAACCAGAAAGUCAGGAGUUUGAAGACAAAGCAAAUGUCAGUGAGGAAGGAAGGCCUCAGGUUUCUGAAAGUAGAAUACAUAUUCCUGAAAUCUUGCCAGUUCAUAUGUCCCCUGAAAUAGGAAAAAAUGAAAUUAGGGAUAAUUUCAUUGACAAUGGAACUAGUGACGAUGCAUAUGGAACUACAAGAGAAGAGAAUUUUCAGAUCACCAAUGAGUCACUUCCCAGGAAAAAGAGACAUUCUAAAAUGAGCCGAAUUGAACUGUUUUUGGCAUCACCAUAUAAAAGAGGAGAAGAAGAAAGAGAAAGCUUUUCUGGUUCGGAUGUUUCAGACGAAUAUGUUGGUUCUAAUACGGAUAGCCAGAGAAGCUCUUCCCGUUCAGAAGAUGAAUCAAAGGCUGUUUUGAAGGCUUUGAAAAGGGAUGCUGAUAGGAAAAUACCUUCCCAAAGCCUAGAGGACAUUCCAUCAGACACAUCAAAUCAAGGCAAAGUAGAUUCUCUGCCAGAAGACUUAGUACGUAGUGCUGAAGAUGAUCAGAAAACAGAUCAACAAACUACAAAUGAAUACAUACCAGAAAUUUCCACAGUGCCUUCACAUCCUGAUAACCAAUUUGCACAUCCCGAAAAACUCAAAAGGAUGAGCAAGUCUGUUCCAGCAUUCCUCCAAGAUGAGAGUGAUGACAGAGAGACCGAUACCGCAUCAGAAAGCAGUUACCAGCUUGGCAGACACAAGAAGAGCCCGAGCUCUUUAACCAAUCUUAGCAGCUCCUCUGGCAUGACAUCCCUCUCUUCUGUGAGCGGAAGUGCAAUGAGUGUUUAUAGUGGAGACUUUGGCAAUCUGGAUAUUAAAGGAAGUGUUCAGUUUGCCAUUGACUACAUUGAUUCAUUGAUGGAGUUCCAUGUCUUUGUGGCCCAGUGCAAAGACUUAGCAGCAGCAGAUGUUAAAAAACAGCGCUCUGACCCCUAUGUAAAGACCUAUUUGUUACCAGACAAAGGCAAAAUGGGCAAGAAGAAAACACUUGUGAUGAAGAAAACCUUGAAUCCUGUGUAUAAUGAGAUAUUGCGGUAUAAAAUUGACAAGCAGAGCUUGAAGAAUCAAAAACUGAACCUCUCAGUCUGGCAUCGGGACACAUUCAAACGCAAUAGUUUUCUUGGGGAAGUAGAACUUGACCUGGAAACAUGGGACUGGGACAACAAACAGAAUAAACAGUUGAAGUGGUACCCUUUGAACCGCAGGACAGCACCAGUUGCCCUUGAAGCAGAAAACAGAGGUGAAAUGAAAUUAGCCCUGCAGUAUGUUCCAGACCCAGUCUCAGGUAAAAAACCUGCUACAACUGGAGAAGUGCACAUCUGGGUGAAGGAAUGCAUUGACCUACCACACCUUCGGGGAAACCACCUGAAUUCUUUUGUCAAAUGUACUAUCCUGCCAGACACAAGUAGGAAAAGUCGUCAGAAGACAAGGGCUGUGGGAAAAACGAACAAUCCUAUCUUCAACCACACGAUGGUCUAUGAUGGUUUUCGGCCUGAAGACUUGAAAGAAGCCUGUGUAGAGCUGACAGUCUGGGACCACCACAAAUUAACCAAUCAGUUUUUGGGAGGACUACGGAUAGGCUUUGGAACAGGUAAAAGUUAUGAGAUUGAAGUAGACUGGAUGGACUCCACACCAGCUGAAAUCUCUCUGUGGGAGAGGAUGGUGAAUUCACCCAACACUUGGAUUGAAGACAUCCUCCCACUCCGGAUGCUGCUCAUUGCCAAGCUGACUAAGUAAGAGGGAGCCUCUCAAGACCAAAGGGAUCCAAGGAAAAACAGUAUCCUCAUUUCCCUGUUUUAGAAAGUAUAGAAGAGGUGGCAUUGCUAGAAAUCCCACUACAUGGACAAAGACCAUCACGUAACUUCCCUUGACAUCCAAGACAUGCCGAACUGCUAGCCUGCAUGUUUCCUUGUGCUCCAAAGCCAGAACAGUUUGAACAGCAAACAAAUCCUGUGAUCAAGAUGACAAUAGCAGAAGCCCCCUCAGUGGGCCAUGCAAUCUGCAUGAACUAAUGACGUUGCACCAGAGGGAAAGCUGCCAAAGAAAUGGGGAAUCUGGGGUAUUGCUGAUGAACUGACGCUACAGUGCUCUCUGCCUUUUCUAAAUCUGCCACAAUAUGGGCCCCCUGCCCCCUGUAUCCACUGCUUGAUCAUCACAUAUUUCCUCAUUAGUUACAGAUGUUUUGGGUAUGGAAAGCAAUCGAUGAUAAGGGAAGGUAAUUAAUUAUUGUUCUUGUUAGAAACAAAACAACUAAGCACAAUGAUAAGGGCCAUGAUGAUGAGACAAAGACUUGGCCACAUUUGAGGUGGACAUCUAGUUGUUACGGAUAUUCAAGGGGGGGGAGUCUGUGUUCACUGAUGCUAAAUGUAUUGAUAAGAUCUGGUAAACCUUCAUUUUAGACAUACGUGUGUGCAUCUAUAUAUCAUAUUCAUAUGGAUAUAUACAUAGACACACAUUGCAUAUGGCGAGUUCUUGAGUAUGUAAAAAAAUCUUAGAAGCAUGGUGAUACCUCCCACUGGACACAGAUGGAACUUCAGCCAAAGUUUUUUCUCAAAUAGGUCUUAAAGACAAGUUUUGUAAUAGAGUAUAUAAAACUCUGAGCCUAUAAGGUUCUCUCUCUCCUGUAACUUGGCUAAGUGAAAGCAAAGGACGCUGGUUAUAGAUAUGCUUGGAAUUAGAACAUAAUUGCUAAAUUAUACCAUUCUUGUUUCCUGUGUAUGUGUAAUUUUAAUAAUGUAUUUUAUAAAACCUUUAGUCUUCAAAAUAAAAUAUACAACGACUUCAUUUA